AUGCCGGCGCUCGGAGGGGUGAGUCCACACUUAUCAACUUAAACGGUCCGCCGCUCGCCGCAUCCUGGCAGCGGUCCGAGUAACUAUGGAGACAUGUCCUCCCCGUUUCUCUUUUCUGAACAGAUUUAUUCGAGUUCGCUCCGCGUGCUUGGACUACUAAUGCGGAAAACUAAUAUUAUGAAUUGGAACUUCUUUUUUCAUCGCAAUAAACACGGAAAUCUUAUUCAGAUUGCCGAUUGUGAGCUCAUUUACAGCAUCUGGCAAUACAAUGGCAGUAUUUAGUACGUGAUUUUCAGAUCUCAACUUUUUAAUAUGUAGUCUUUUUCAGUGGUCCAUAUGCUUCGGAUGACAUGUACCGAUUCUACCUGGAAGGAAAACUAGAGUUUCCAACCAGAGUUCAGAUAUCUGAAACCAGGAAGAGAGGCCAAAUUGUGUUGUUGGACUAUUUUGGAACAGUGUGUAAGUUUUCAAACGUGAUUGUGACUAGCAAAUCGAAUUUCAUCGCAUUAGAACCAGCUCCUCUUCUUUCGCGCAGCUUUACUCUCAAGUCAGUGACGUAACGUCGUUUCGCUAGUGUAAAGUGUGUAUUUGAACUUUUAGUCAACCUGCCUCUUUCAAGUUUUUCCGUUCUAAUACAAAUCGGCAACCCUACAACUUGACACAAGAAAUGCAAAACUAAUACAUACAAUCUGCAUCUCAUUCCCAUUCCUCAUUGUUUGCAGGUGAUCUCCAAGAUCUCUUCGGACUUCAUUAUUUUUUCCCGAAACGUCUUUCGCAGUUCCGCGGCAAGUGGCCGCUGCCAGAGAUCCACCCCAACGUCUCGCUUCUGGCUCUCGAGCCUAACAACGGCUUCAAUCCGCUCACUUUCAACUUUGCAACGUUUCUGAGCAACCUCACGUGCUCCGACUAUUGCCCAUUUAUCACCGGAGUGGCCGGAGAGGUGCCCGAUGAACAAGUAUUGCCAUGUGAGUGGAAGAAAACGGGAUCCUCUGCAAACAGGUCUUGGGAGAAGAAAAGAGAUUGGAAAGAGAAGGGAUACGGGAGAAAGCGAGGGCAGAUGUACUUUCUGAGAUGGAUUAAACUGCAAUUUCAGGAUGGGAUAGGUGGAAUGACGCAAAUUGUGUAGGAAGAUUGAUAAAAAAGAAGAAUCAAAUUGAGUUUUGAGAAAGAGGAAAGCAGGGCUUGGCAAAAGUUUAACCUAAACCUUUCAAAGGCGUAGCCUUUAGACCCACUUGCAAAAAUCUGAUCAGACUCAAACGUUGCAAACUUCUGGAACUUGGAUUGAAGUAUCUCCAGUCCAAGUUUCAGAUCACUCGGAGUAGCUGGUCCGGAGAUAAUAGCCGGGUUUUUGAACACAGAGAACCUUUAUUUACGCUUAUUUCAGUGUCUUCCGUGCUCGAACUGGCAAGACGUAUUCUGAUGGAGUACAGCAACUUGGAUCUCGACGAGAGACAACAUCUUCACAUCCUUCUUACUGAAGUUUUCUCGCCGGUUAGUCACCAAAAUCGUUCAUCUCUUUUUGAAAAAGUACACUAUUUUUCAGAGAAUCUGCAACGUCUGUCAAAAGUUUAUGGAGGAUCAGCACACCUACAUGAUCCAUGCUCUUUCUGUCAUCCACUUAGAAAACGUAAGAGGACUUUCGAGGAAAGUUAGUACGAUUUUGAUUUCAGGCCGUCAUGAGAAACCACAAAGUAUUCACUGUCGAAAUGGAUUACUUGAAACUCCGCAGAAUGAUCGAUGAAGUCAGAAAGUACACUUUCGACCGCAAAAUGAACAAGAUCGCAACAAAGCUGAGCGCCCGCCAACAAGCCGCUGCCGUCGCCGCCGCCGUCUCCAAUUCCGUCGCCCCCACUGCCAGCACCUCGGCUGCUCCUCAGCCUCCGGUCUGGAACCAGCCUUGGAUCCCCGGAGAGUUCUCCCUUGGACCUCUCCUCCCGCUUCAAUGA